AUGGUAAUUGUGAUUGAGGAGGUUGGAAGGGAAUUAAUUCAGGUUAAAAAAUCAAUACAGGAUUUUGAACUUACCCACGUUACUGCCCUACAAUCAUUGCCAUCCACUGAAUUUAUGCUAAAACUACAAGAUGACAUACAGAAGUAUCAAAAUAAUCUUAUCCGCUUUAAGAAAGUCAAGGUAGAGAAGGUAAACCACGACUAUAAAUAUCAUCAGGUCUACCGCUGGUUAAGAGGAUCAGACUCUAAUAUGCGUUAUCCUAUCCCAAGAUUUAGAACACGUAUAAGAAAGCCAUUGUUACAAACUGUGGAUAUAAGUUCAGGCGAAUCAGCCUCAGAUGGAGAUAUCAGGGAUGAUCAACAUGCCAGAAAACAAGUUACUUUUUUAAAGGAAGGAGAACAUCCAAACGAUCCACCACGGAUGACCAGUACUACUGUACAAGACAUAAGAGAUACAAGAGACAUCUUAGGCGCGGACAAAAGGGUCACAAGAACCCCGCACCCAAAAAACCCCACCAAGAGCCUCAUACAAAAAAAGGACUUUUUAUAA